CCAAAUUCAAAACAUACGGUUCAACUCAAUUCACAGAGACACAGAAAGCAGAUACAGAAAAAUGUCUGGAAGAGGAAAAGGAGGCAAGGGAUUGGGAAAGGGAGGAGCGAAGCGUCACAGGAAGGUUCUCCGUGACAACAUCCAGGGGAUUACAAAGCCGGCGAUCCGCCGUCUGGCGAGGCGUGGUGGCGUGAAGCGUAUUAGCGGUCUUAUCUAUGAAGAGACACGAGGCGUGUUAAAGAUCUUCCUCGAGAACGUUAUUCGUGACGCUGUUACUUACACCGAGCACGCUCGUCGGAAAACUGUUACUGCCAUGGAUGUUGUCUAUGCCUUGAAGCGUCAGGGACGAACUCUGUAUGGUUUCGGUGGUUAGGGUUAGUUAAGGUUUAUAGAUUAGUUUCUAUCCUGUUUCAUUUACGUUUCCGAUUUGGUUAGUUUUUGUGUAGAGAUGUUUGUUAUAUCGGUAUAACUGAAGCUAGAUUCUGAUUUAAGAUGAAUUUUAAACUCACUUUCAUGUUAGUUUUCA